AUGGGACCUCUGGUUUUCUUUCUCUUCCCUCUCCUUGGUCUUUCAUUUGCAGAGAUCUCAAGCAAAAUUGGCAUAAACUAUGGGCAGCUUGGCAACAAUUUGCCAUCCCCAAACAGCUCCAUUGAGCUCAUCAAAUCCAUGAAUGCAGGGCGUGUGAAGCUCUACGACUCCAACCCGGAAAUCUUAAAUCUCCUGUCCGGCACCAGUCUGCAAGUCUCUAUUAUGGUCCCAAACAAUGAAAUCUCAACCAUUGCAUCAAACCAAGCCAAAGCCGAUGAAUGGGUUCGAAACAAUGUCCUUCCCUAUUACCCCCCGACCCUGAUAAGGUACCUCCUUGUCGGCAAUGAAGUCCUUAGCUACAACUCCUCGGACCAAGAUCGCCAAAUGUGGCUUGAUCUUGUCCCUGCCAUGACUAAAAUUAAGUCCUCCCUCAAAGCGCAAAAUAUCACAAACAUCAAAGUAGGUACCCCAUUAGCCAUGGAUGUGUUACAAUCAACAUUCCCACCAUCAAACAGCAUGUUUAGGCCCGAUAUCUCCAAUUCGGUCAUGGCCCCAAUGCUAAGAUUUUUGAACCGGACCAACUCCUUUAUGUUCAUUGAUGUGUAUCCUUAUUUUCCAUGGUCUUCAAACACCACGAACAUUAGUCUAGACUUUGCAUUAUUUAGGGGAAACAACAAUACUGACUACUACACUGACCCGGGAAGUGGGUUGAUCUACACUAACCUCCUAGACCAAAUGCUUGACUCAUUGAUCCAUGCCAUGGCCAAGCUAGGGUACCCGAACAUCCGGCUCUUGAUCACGGAGACCGGCUGGCCUAAUUCCGGUGACAUCGAACAGCCUGGUGCAAAUAUACAUAAUGCAGCCACAUAUAACCGAAAUUUGAUACAUAGAAUGGUCGCUAAGCCACCUCUUGGGACACCAGCUAGGCCUGGAAAACGGCGAUUGGAGGACUACGAGCCCUUGCCGGAAGCGAAUAAUAACAGUCCUUACAAGGGCAGCGUGUGGUGUGUGGUUGCUAAGGGUGUAAAUAAUGAUGAGUUGGGUUCGGCGUUAACCAAUUUGUGCAAUAGUGGUGCAGGGAAUGGUACGUGUGAUGCGCUUUCACCAGGGAAGGAGUGCUAUGAACCAGUCUCAGAGAUUUUGCAUGCGAGCUAUGCCUUCAGUUCCUACUGGGCCAAGUUUAGGAGCCAUGGAGCUACUUGCUAUUUCAAUGGGCUGGCAGAGCAAACCACUGUGGACCCCAGUAAGUUUUCUUUCUCUGCAAUUGAUGGAACGGAAGAUGUUCUUUACCCAUGA